AUGCGAAUGGGCACUUACUUCCUGUCACAAGACCCCAAAGAGCCCAGAUACGAAGGACUUCCCGACGCUGAGAUUGACCAAUCAUGGCACGACCUGCUCAACAAACGCUUCAUUGAUCUAUCGCCAGAAGAGGCGGACGAGGAAUCUGAGCAACCUCGGAGAGAAGAAGAUUGGGUCUUUGGGCGCUUCUGGAUUACCACUAACAGCCAUCAUGCCCUCCAUUGCCUGGACUACGUCUGGAGAAGCCUCUCACCAACAUACUAUGGUAUUGAAGACACCCCAGCCGCACCUUUCGUCAUGUCGCACCGAAUGCAUUUAGACUCGCCGACCACUGUGUCGCCCAGUUGA